AUGCCGCUGUGGCAGGAGGACCACGACAUGGACAGCGACGAGGAUAUGAUCAUGCAGUACCUCGGCAGCGAGGUGUGCACCACCGCCGACGUCGAGGAGCUGAUGUGCCAAUUGUGCUUACUCGGGGGGGAGACUGCGGAGUUCUCGAAGUUCAAGAAGUUCGGCCUGGGGCCGCUGCACAUUGACUGCUUCAAUGCGUGCCAAGCGCUGGAGCGCACCCUGAAUGCCCGCCCAUCUCUGAAGUCGAGGGUGAUGGCCCUCCUGAAUACGGACCCCGAGAAGUUUCGGACGAUUGCCCUGGCCAUGCUGUCGAAGAACAAGCACGAGAAGAGACAGGUCCAGCGUGUUCAAGUGCUAGACUUCUGCGAGGAGCUGGUGGCGGUGGACAGCACUACCACUAAGGAGAAGGUGAUCUUCUUGCACCACAGGGCGUACAUCCAGUGGUUCAAGAUGAGGGAAGGGCUGUCCGACGAGGAGGCGGCCAAGCAGUGGAACGAGGAUAUCAAUGACCCCGACGUUGAGAAGCGCAAGAACAGGAAGGGCCAGAAGACCGUGGCCGUCGACAAGCCCGUGUGCGUCGAGCACAGCAAGAGCACGCAGAAGGUAAAGAAGUACGGCUCCUCCGAGGCGCGGUCAUCAGCGAGCGCCGUGGCUCUCCGCGACCUGGUCGAGAGGGACGCCGAGAAGUUCCAGCAGGGCGUUCUGGCGCGCGCGGGGCGGAGGGCCCUGGGAGGAGAGGGCCCGCGCGUCGCCAAGAGCACCGAGCCCCAGCCCAGCGAGGGCACCACGGCGAUUGAGGAGCAGGAGCUUGAGCAAUCGGACAUCUACCAGCAAGAGGUCCAGGAGCCCGAGAAGUUCGUCGAGCUCACGGGGAAGAUGGCGAUCUCCAAGUUCCUGAGUGCGAAGCAGAAGUUCAGCGCCCAGUUCAAGCAGCGGCUGAAUGCUCUGGACGUCUACAAGAAGGGCGACAGGUUCGCGCAGUCCGACAAGGCCUACUCCAAACUCCAAGGGGCCGCAUCUGACCUCGACAGCAUCGACUAUGCGGCAGCGAAGUCUAAGCUGACGAAGGCCAUUGAGUCCUGCAAGUCGGAGUGGGACGGCAUCAAGAAGUACAACCAGAGGAUGAACUUGGCAGAGAUCCAGGAAAAGGCGGUCAAGAGCAUCGAUGCACUCAAGUCAGCGCAGGCUGAAUUCGACGAGUGCUUGGCAGCCGUGCAGCACAUGAAGAACGACGUCCAGGCAAGCGCUGCCGAUGCCUCCCGCAAGAAGUACGCUGCCCUGGUCAAGAUCCAGAAGCUCUUCGAGCAGCACCGCAUGGUGGACUCCCUCGCGAAGGCGUUCGCAGCAUGCGUGCGCGACGCUGAGGCCGCAGAGGGUGAUAACGGCGUGCUCGAGUUCAAGGAUGGCAUGACGCUCGAUGUCACGAAGCCCUUGCGGACGAACGAGAAAGUCGAGAACUGCAAGUUCGUUGACAUCUUCCGCAAGACGAAGGACCAGAACGCCGAGAAGCUGGGCAGGAAGGUGGAGAACCUCAAGAAGAAGAUGAGCGCUAACGCGGCCAUGUACCAGAUGACCUUGGACAAGACGGACGGCCUCGAUUUCGAUGAGAUUACCGCGGAGCUCCAGAUUUUCGAGGGCGCCAAGGACCUCUUCCAGCACCCCUUCAUCGUUGCUUUGAACCCGUACGCGUGGGUGUGGGACUUCAACAGCGUGGUAUUCCCAGGCGUAGCAUGUGCCUCGAUGGUCAUUGAAGGCGCAGUGUUUUUCAAGCUGAUGCCCAUCUCGUACCUGAUCCAGUCUGGAAUGUCUUCGCUCAGCUCUCUCAAUCAGUACCUGGCCUCGUGCAAGGACGUCAAGGAGGUGCUCGGACACGUCGACUGCAAGCAAGGUGUCCUGAACCAGGGCGACAUCCUCUUCACCCCGUUCGGUUUCGCGACGAUACUCGUGGCCAUUGGCGAGAAGGGCGACAAGGAGCCGCCCAAGGCUGUCUCCAUUAGCAUCCCCAUCUUCCAGAAAAAGAUCGACGAGUCAAUCGACGAGGAGGCGAAGAAGGAGACCUUUCGCUACAUCGAGGCCGGCCUGUCGAAGCACAAGGAUAGUUAG